GACAUGGUCAGCGGCAGGGUGGGAAUGAGCCCUGGCUGGUGGCUGCAUUUGGUGGCUCUGUGGACUCUCUGUGGAGUCGCUGGAGCACAGGCGUCCAUCACAGCUCAGCAUGGCGAGGACGUCACUCUGGGCUGCGCCUUCCACCACAUACCGGGGGUAAAACUCCAUCGACUGAACAUCACCUGGAAGAUGCAGAGAGCCGAGGGCGCAGCUCUCCUGGUUCACAGCUACUAUGGGCAGAGGGACCUGUGGCAGGGACAGGACAAGGUUUACCGGCGCCGGACGCAGCUGUACCGAGAGGGAAUCCGCAAAGGAAAUGCGUCCCUGCGACUCAGGGCUGUGCGCUUCCAGGACGAGGGCUCCUACCUCUGCUACGUCACCUCUGAGCUGGGUAACUCGACCCAGAAGAUUUCCCUGGCCGUGCUAGGUAGGUUUCCUCUGCCUGUGUCCCUGUCAGAGCGUCUGAGACGCAGUCACUCCCUGUGUACAAUGUGAUCACCCAGCAGAGCCAGGUCUGGUUAAAGCGCGACAAUC